CCCCUGGACGCCCCAUGCGCACCAGCCGAGGGCACACUCAGGAAGCAAACACAACACCUGCGUGUGCCAACCACCUGACUGAGCGAAGUGCUGGUGCAUGUGAUGUGAUGCAUCAAUCAGUGAGGAGAGAACAGCUGACACAUCAGCAGAUUGAAUGAAUGAAUGAAUGAAUGAAUCACCCAGUGCUGCCACAACAAACGCACGUCUUAGUUGCGCCACCCACCGACCCACAGCCAAAAGCACACACACAUCGCAGCGCAUCACAUGGCACCCUCUACCUGUGCCUCGCCUCGCCCACACACAAUCUCUCCCUCUCUCAUCUGUCGCUCAUCUGUCUGUCAGUCAGUACUUUGCCUCCUGGAUGGCCGCCUGAUGUGCGGCAUGCGUGUCGCCUGCUGUCCCGACGGUGGUCUGUAUGAAGGCCCUGACUGCCCUGAUCCACACAGUGGGCAUCUCCGACACCACCAGCUGCGUCCUCUCCUCAGGCAACAGGCCAGCCAGCGCCUCACUCACCGAGGUCUUGUGCAUCCCGUCAGAAUCGCCUGCACACACACACACACACACACAUCCAUCCAUCCAUCUGUUCAUCAAAAGGUGCAGCGCUUCGCGUGUAAUCAAUCUAUUGUGUGAUCUGAGUGACACUCACAUACCAUGGCCCAUGAAGUGCACCACCAUGUAUGAGAUGCCCUCUCCGCCCGCCACCCCACUCAGCGACGCGAUCUGCUCCUUGCCCACCCCGAUCACUGGGCAGUCCCCACUGCCGCUGAUCCACCCCGCCCAGCCAUCAAACACCCGAGUCAGCUCGGCCGCAUCCAUCUGCUCGAUGCGCGCCCGGUUCUCCGGGCGGGCGCUGCAGAGGGCGCGGAAGAAUGGCGUGUUGAGGAGGGCCGGGAUGCCGCCCCGUCGCAGCCGAGUGGCGUAUUGUAUGUAGUACUCGUUGGAGAGCACGUCGGCGGCGAGGUGGCCGCCGGUCAUGUUCAUCAAGAUGCACGCCUUGACGCGGGAGGGGUACUUGAGGGCGAACAGCAAAGACCUUACAAGACAUGACACCAGAAAGACAUGCAUGGUAUGGUUGGUGGGUCCGUGUGUGUGUGUGUGUGGUCUCGGUCACAUACAUGCGCGCCCCGCUGCUGUUGCCGACCAGGAUGACCUUUCCAUAGCCCAGUGCGUCCAGCAGCCCACACAAGUCAUCAGCUGCACGACAGACAAAACACACACACUCACCAUACACACCACACCUAGUGUGAAAGAGAGAGUGCAUCGUUUGCUGGCCACAUGCGCACCCUGCAGUUGCGGCUCGGGCACCACCCCAUCAUCGCUCCCCUCCCCCUCUAGAGCCCCGUCGAUGCUGAAGUCUGAGGCUCCUGUGUUGCGCCUGUCCCACACCAUUCCCACCGUGUCCGGCAGAUCUUCAAAGAGCCAUGAUUGCAACUCGCACGCAUCGAGCCCGCCUUGCCCACCUGAAUGAACGGGACACACACACACAUACGGGACACACACACACAUACAGAGAAGAGAAGAACAGUCAACAGCAGGGCUUUCUUGGUAGAUGCUCACCGGGCGUGAAGACGAUUGGCGUCAGCUUGGAUGGAGAGGGCGGGUGCAGGGCAGCCUUGCCGAGCAGCUGAUAGCGAAUGGCGACGCCGUUGACGGUGCGGUAUUGCGGAGGGGUGGAGGGAAACGUCAUCGAGUGGAAACGGGCACGAAAAUGUGCGACAUAGUCGACGAGCCCAGCGAUGAGCCAGCCGCUGCUGGAGGGAGUGGCGGAGCCGGUGCUGCUGUUGCCCAUCUCACCAUUCGGGCAGGCUCACUUUCUCCUACGUCCAG